AUGCCACGAGAAAGGGCGGCUGCGGAAAUUUACUCGCUCCAUGCACAGCCCCAUCCUCGUCGCGGGCGCGUAAUUCCUCAAUGCUCGACUGCCCAAGGCGCGAACGCAUCAUUCGUGCCUAACACGCCAUUGGCCGAGCCCUACCCCGGUCGCCGAUCUGAUUGGCAGGUCACGGCAGCUCACCACGAGCGCGGUGGUUUUCGCGCCCGCAUGUGGACUCACCCGACGGGCUUCUUCCCUCCAGAAGAGAAGACCGCGUUGUACAGACACCGCGCCGGCCAAUGGGAGCGUGUCGACCAACGACUGGCCAGGAUUGCUUCCGGGACCAGGGGACCACGGAGGAGCGAGAGCAUGGGGGAGGAUCCAAGGGAAGACAACCCGACAAUUGCGGGCAUUUUCCCAGCAGCAGAUCCAAACCUUGAGUCCGGAUUCCGACUAGACUGCGGUGUGCAGGUCUAUCUGA